AAGCCCACUGAGCAGACUUAGGUCUGAGCUCCUGACCCUCGUCCCAUGUCCUUCCAGAGUUUCUCGCGAUUCGCUGCCAUCAGGCACGCGAGGCGAGCUGUGCGCGCCGCUUGUUGCUCGCAGCCAGGCGGCUCUCAUCCGAUAGGAAGUUCUCCGUCAGCUGCUCUUCUUCCGCCUCCUCCGAGUCUUAGCCUUCCACAUCGUGCUUUUUCCUCCGCUGCUCUCGUUAGUGCUAGCGACUUUGCGUCACGAAGCAGCUUUCAAGAAUUAGGAGGUGUUGAAGGUCCGUACGUUGACGGCCGUGAUACUGAUCAAGACAAACGGCCGCGUAAGCAGAAAUUGGCAUCGCCGUCAGCAUCUCACAUCGAUCCAUCCUCGUUUGAAGUUGACUGGAGCGCGAUAUCGCUAAGAGGCCUCCACCACACCUUUGUUGAUCUCCUGGCCGAUUUUAUUCUGCCAGAACCCCCUCCAAUUUCAGCAUCCACUGGCGCCGUUGCUGCUCGCCGUGAAGCGAGAAGAGGAAGCGGAGGCUUGUCUCGUCGCCGAAGCCGCGUUCCCAGUCUGUUCGAGGAGAUCCGGAACCAAUGGCGGCGCUCCAGCUGGCAUGUGGACGAACUUUAUGGGCAGAGGGGAUCGGAUGAUGGUUCGGUUGGUGCCAGUCGAGGAUCCGCUGUUGAGGGCAGAUCGGACGGGAGAGGUGUGGGCAUGAACCGGUUCCUGAUUCGCGGGAUAAUCUACGACAUGUCCGCCUUGAUGGUGUUUGAUAAAGACUUGGCGAGUGGGAACGAGAGAGAUGCUUCAGCAGUGCCAAGGCGUGUUGAAAACGCGGCUGAACGUCAAAUCGGCUCUCCAGGUCAAGAUGCAGGACAAGGGUUGACCGAUUUCGAUCAAGAGAAGCUUCAACGAGCUGAGCUGGCAACACGUGAUUGGGAGAAAUUUCUCCUGGGCGGGCCCAGGAAGCGAAGCCACGUGCCUGGAGUGAGUGACAGCAGUGCCAGUAGCAGUGGUGCUGAUGCUACCACAGGUGCUGCUGGUGGAACAGCAGCAGCAGGCAUGCCAUCCACGUCAGCUGUCACCCAGGGAAUUUCAUUGGACGAGAUGGCUGAGAGCAUGGGACUUCCCACAUCAGCUCGAACCAGCCUAAAGCGGAGCAGCAGUGGAAGCGCCAACACCAACACCAGCACCAGAAGUAGCAGCAGCAGCCCAAACAGUCCCCUGCCGGAAACUCCUGCUCCCCUAGGGGGUGCUCCUCUGCAGUUCAGAGGAGGCGGUAGCACCAGCAGGAAUGGAAGGGGGGCAUCAGCGGAGCAGCGGUUGGAGGAGCUGCUAGCGGGGGGGACGGGAGGGGGCGUGCGGGCCAAGUAUGGCGCGCGGCUGCAGGAGAAGAAGAUGCUGGCAGAGGCGCGCAGGGAGCAGCAGGGCGGCGGGUUCGCCCAGGCUGCUGCUGCUGUGGCCUCCGCUGCCGCUGCUGCCAGCACUGCUGCAGCUGCUGCUAGUGCUGCGAGAUUGAGAGCAGCGAAGGGAGGAGAGGGUGGGAUGCUUGUGGCGGGGAUGGCAGGGGGCGGACGGGGUGUGGGGGGUAUUGGAUGGGUGGUGGCUCCUGGGUCUGCACGGAUGCUGCGCCAUUUCCAGUCACGCACGCUGAAGCAAGCUCUGCUAACGACCCACUCGCCUCUGGACGUGCUCCAUCUUAUCGACCAGCUCGGCAACUUCGCCUUUGACUCCCGCAUCAACUCUCACGGUCGUACUGCGUCUGCUGCCUCGUCUCCCACUUCCUCGCCCCUUCUAUCUACCUCUUCUGCAUCGUCACCUGGACAGCAGUCAGCUGCACAUCAAUCAGCAGCAGCAUCGCCAUCAGCUGCAGCAACGCCAGGAGCACCUGGAGCCACAUCAGACAAGCCAGAGUCGUCUCCUGCGGCAGCACCAGCAGGGCCGGCUAUUGACUCGUUGGAAGCUGCCAGGAAGAGAAUUCAUCUUGAGUCACUCGCUGUGUACUGCUUGUUGAUCCCAUUGACUGCAGGGUGGAUGAGUUCCAUGACGUCUGUAAGCGGUGGAAUUUGAAGCCAUCGCAAGUCCUUGUGGUGCUUGGCUCAGGACGUGGCUCAUCAUAUCUCUCGCAAGCCUUGCAGGACAGCCCGUUCUUCAUCUGUCAAAUGUCCACAUAUUUGCCUGGUCCUGCUCGUCAGGCUCGGGCUGAUUGGAAUGCCCCUUCUUCCUCACAAUCCAGCAAACAUUUUGAGUUUAGGGAUGCAGCAGCACCACCCAACAAAGCCGCAGGGUCUGUUGAGGAUGACAUGCAGGGUGGUUCUGUGGAGCAUCCAAGGCAUGCAGCACGGGAAACGGGUGGAUGGGCCGCAUGGUGGAAGCAACUAUCAGAGGGUACAUUGCACAAAAAUGGGGAGGAUGGUGGAUACUUGCAUGUGGGUGAACGGAGAGAGGUUGCUGACUGGCUGCAGUCGAGUGCUCGGUUCAAGGCAGCCGACAUGGUGGAAUUGAAAGGAGUGGUGGAGGAGCUCAAUGGGGUGUCAUAUAGAAGCAGCACCUUCAUGCACGCACAAGGGAGGGGCUAGGGGGGCGUAUAUUUGAGUGCAUGUAUGCUCUCCUUGUCCUUCAGUUGUCCUGCUGUAUUAGCACAUUAGCCGCUAGCAUGAAUCCACCUAGUCUAUUGAUAGUUGUGAAGCUACUUGGUGGGGACGAGAUUUUGAAUUUCGACUUG